GUCCUCGGUUUGGCCAAGAUCACUUGUGCCUGGUCAGGACCAGAAUGGCUUCGUGGGAUGCGGGAAGCUUGUGUGAGCUCCUAAUCACUGAUUAGGUUCUGCCUUCAACAGGCCUGGGGAUGAAGGCUGCUGGUAUUUUGGCCCUGAUGGGCUGCCUGGUCACAGUCGUUGAGCCCAAAAUCUACACUCGGUGUAAACUGGCAAAAAUAUUUUCGAGGGCCAGCCUGGACAAUUACCGAGGCUUUAGCCUUGGAAACUGGAUCUGCAUGGCCUACUAUGAGAGCCACUACAACACCACGGCUCAGACCCAGCUGGAGGACGGAAGCACCGACUAUGGCAUCUUUCAGAUAAACAGUGACACGUGGUGCAGAAGUACAAAGCUACAAGAGAAAAACCGCUGUCAUGUGGCCUGCUCAGCCUUGAUGACUGAUGACCUCACGGAUGCAAUUAUCUGUGCCAAGAAAAUUGUUAAAGAAACGGAUGGCAUGAACUACUGGCAAGGCUGGAAGAAGAACUGUGAGGGCAGAGACCUGUCUGAAUGGAAAAAGGGAUGCGAGGUUUCAUGAACUGGACAGUACCAAGGAUGCUUUAUGACUGGCCCUAGUGAGAGUGGUCAUGUCAUCUUCUCCUCC